AUACCUCUCAACUGUACUUUUGCCGCCUGCCUGAUCUCUGGCUGUAGACUAGCUUAAUUAUUAGUCAAUUCCAUUAUUAUUUUUGUUUUAAGAGCAAAUCAUAAUAAGUCCGGUACUGAAAUCGUGAGUUUUCACGAUUGCAUAUUCAGUUAACCUCCGGGGAUGGAUACAUCCAGGACUGGUACCAGCACCGAGGUUCCGCUCCUUUCACAUCAGAACUUUUGGACUAGGGAGAGCCGGUGGGUAAUAUGGAGGGCGGUCUUCAACGUGUCAACCACUAUAAUUGGUGCGGGAAUCAUGUCAAUCCCAGCAACUCUGAAGGUCCUAGGUGUUAUUCCCGCAUUUGUGUUAAUUGUUCUUGUAGCUUUAUUAGUGGACAUAACGGUAAAUUUCAUGUUGAGGGCCACUUAUGCAGGCCAAUCGACAACGUACGCGGGAUUGAUGAAAGAGAACUUUGGAAAGACAGGUUCUUUGGCAGUACAAAUUUGGGUAAUGAUCACCACUCUUGGUUGCUUGAUCAUGUACCUCAUUAUUAUUGGAGACGUCUUUUCUGGAAAAGGAGAACACCUCGGUAUCCUUCAAGAAUGGUUUGGGAUUCAUUGGUGGAAUUCUCGUUAUCUAUCGAUCCUGCUCACUGUCUUGCUUGUUGUGCUUCCUCUGGUCCUAUACCGGCGUGUAGAAUCAUUAUGGCUCAGUUCAGCAAUAGCAAUUAUCCUAGCAGUUGUAUUUGUUGGUAUAUGUUCUGUAAUGGCAAUCAUUGCAAUCGCAAAAGGGCAAAUAGUAAGGCCAAGAAUGCUACCGGAUUUGAAUAGUAGUGCUUCCUUCUUUAAUCUCUUCACCGCCAUCCCAGUCAUCGUAACAGCUUUUGCAUUUCACUUCAAUGUCCAUCCUAUUGAAAUUGAACUGGGGAUACCUGGAGCAAUGACUAGUGUUGUCAAAAUUUCACUAGUAGUUUGUUCAGUCAUCUAUUUCUCAAUUGGCAUUUUUGGUUACCUUCUAUUUGGAGAUUCAAUCAAUGCAGAUAUACUUGUAAAUUUUGAUACGUCAUCCUCUGGUGAUGUGGCAAUCAGCCCCAUUCUAAAUGAUGUCGUUCGUCUGAGCUAUGCACUUCAUCUAACGCUGGUAUUUCCUCUAUUAAAUUUCUCCCUGAGAGCCAACAUUGAUGAACUCAUAUUCCCUAAGAAGGAAUUACUAGCAACUGACACCAAAAGAUUCAUGUUUCUUACACUGUUCUUGUUAGCCUUCUCAUAUAUAGUAGCCAUUUCUAUACCAUCCGUAUGGUACAUUUACCAGUUCAUGGGAUCAACUUCUAAUGUUUGUCUUGCCUUCAUAUUUCCAGGUGCAAUUGCUAUAAGGUCUCUGUCUUCUUUCUUCCCCUCAACCUUUUCACUAAUUAUUCUGAAUGAUUUUAUUUCUUCUGUUUUUAUGCUGAACAUUUUAUUUACUGUUUGGCAGAGAUGUCCAUGGUUUAUCUUCAAGAAAAGACAAGAUCAUCGCACUAGUCAUGAUUGUUCUAGCUGUUGUGACGAGUGUUAUAACUAUUGCUGCCAACAUCUACAAUAUGUUUGGAAAAAGUUCAUAAAUUUCUAUCAUGCAUCUCGAUUAGACCUUUUGAAUUUUCAAUUUGUAUUUGUGUGUUGCUAUGCAAUAUUUGCUAGUUCCAAUAAUAUCGUUGUGAAUACAAAAUUUAGCCAUAUUCCUAAAUCAAUUGGACCAGAAAAUUUACAAUACUUCUUGAAGCAACGAGAGUGAGAACUUCCAACAACAACAUAAAAGGACAGCCCAGUGUACUAAAGCUCCCGCUAUGUGCGGGUACAGGGAACUUCCAACAACAACAUAUAUAUUGUUAAUCCUACGAAGUAGGGUUUGGAAAGAGUAAAGUGUAUGCAAAUUUUACCAUUACCUUAGAGGUGAAGAGGUUGUUUCCUAUAGAUUCUUAGCUCAAGAAAAAGUAGUAUAAAGAAAGAAAUAUCGGAAAUGAAGACAAUUAUGACAAAAUACUAUAGACAACUUGACAAAUCAUCCUUAACAUAUCAUAAGAAAAUACAACGAAAAUCGAAGUGUAAAAAAUCCAUAAAUAAUUACCAAAGGACAUGAAACUACAACAGUAAUACAAGUAAUAGUACGGCUAAUAGUAAAGAAGAAUAAGCCAGACAACGCUCAACUAUCUUAACUCACUCCUACCUUAAUAUAUGUCCUUCAUAAAUAUCAUAUUUAAGGUCAUGUCCUCGAUAAACUGAAGUGUCGUGUUAUGUCUAAUCACUUUUUUUUCAUUACUUCUUUGACCUACACCUACCUCUCUUGAAACCAUCCAUAGUCAACUUCUUACACCUCUAUGCUGGAGCAUCCGUGCAUCUCUUUUGCACACGCUCGAAUCAUCUAAGUCUCAUUUCCUCCAUCUUAUUCUCUAUCGAUAUCACUUCUACCUUGUUUCAAAUAUCUUCAUUCCUAAUCAUGUUUCUCCUAAUAUGACGUGAGCUUGAAAAUGAUAAAUAACUGCCUAACUUAUGAUAAGGAAGAAAGAAGAUCUCACAACUGGAUGCACUCAUCUUGUUCAACCAAAUUAAGUAGAAUAAAAAAAAGGAUCUAUUUAUUUAUUGACAUCAUAAAAGGCUAAAAUACUCCCUUUAUAAGUAUAGGAUGUGAGUUUUGACACACUUGUACAUAAAAGAGAAAGGAGGCCAAGAAACCUGCCAAUUUACAUAAUGUGUAUCUAUGAUUCCCCGUAUAUUUCAUUAUAUACGAUCAAUAUUGAGACAAUAAACGCAUAAUCCACACCAGGAUAAACUCUUACUUCAAAAUUUUCUCUUCCUUUGAAGAAGCUUCCAAGUUUGAAUCUUUCUUUCACCUGCAUAAUUGAAGCAAAAACAAGAGUUUUAUUGUUAUUUCUAUACACUUUGGAAGACUCUGAAACAGGGAUUUGAAGUUAAUAUAAUUAGUUAAGUACCUCAGCAAUCAAAGUGUCCCCUUUAUAAACUUUGAAAGAUUGAUUGGUGAAAGAUCCCUUUACAUGGAAAUCACAGAUGUCUCCAUUGAUAUUGCUAGCCAAGAACACAUCAAGUUGCAUUUUCAUUUGAAAUGUGCUUGAUCUUUUAACUGUGUAGAGCACAUCAUUUCUGUCUGAACGAUAAACUUUCCAGGUAUUAUGCCAUGAAAGUGUCUGCAGUCACAAACCACUUCACUCUUAAGUUCAUCAUAUGCAUUCUUUGAGUUAGUUUUGAUGAUACUCAAUCAUUUUACACAGAAGAAUACAACCGACACUCAAGGUGUGGCCUAAUAGUCAAUAAAAAGAGUGAAAAUCAUAGGAACUGGAAUUCAAAUUUCAACUGAAUAAAAAUGCUAUUGCAGGUGAUUUCUUCUCAUUUAUGUAAAUCUUAAAUUGGUGAGCAGAGUUAUUGGAUACUUGUGCUGGUGAAGCAUAGCUCGACCGGACCAGCCCUCCCAUAUCAACUCAAAUUAAAAAGAGAGAAUAUGUUUGAUACCUUUUCGUGCAGAGUAAGUAGGGGUAAACCAGCAGGAUCAGCAAUGAUUCUCUUCUUCUUCCUAAGAUGCCAAACUUUUCCUUCACCUUGGAGAAGAGAAGUCCCAAUAUCAUCCAAGACAUCGAUGUUUAGUUGUGAGAGUCCCAGGAUUUUCUUCUUCACAGUUAAGUUCACAAGGUAAGGAAAGCAGAACCCAUCCCCAACAACGGGAAUCA